AGUUACUGAAAUGGAAACAAUUGAUGUAGAUUGAAGUGAACAGCAAAGGAAGUUCUUGUCUAGGAAUCCAUAACAGAAAAGUACUCAGCUAUCAUAAAUCCUUAAUUUCAGCACAAUCGGUAGGUAAUUGACAGGAAGAGAUCAAGGCUCUGGUCUCUGAUGAACUCCAAGUGGUUUCCUAUAAGUAGCUGAGUCUCAACCUUUAGGUGUCACGAAAUGUUGCAAAGAGGUGAACAUCUUUCCUCUUCAAGAAUGCAGUUAAAGUUCACAUUCACAAGCCACAAGAAUUGAGACACAAACUCAUGAUUGUUGAUGAAUUCUUUUGCUACCAUAAAUGGAAUUUUUUGAAUUCUAUAGCAAAGCAGUAAUGUGAUAAUCUCUUCUCUGAAUUUCUUGCAUAAGCUAACCAAGAAUUUGAUGGCAAUAGCUCAGUUCAGGCAUAGAGUGUUCAAGGAUGCAUUGCAAAGUAUUAUGAGCUGUGCAUUCUGGAGUGCUGAAUUUUAGUUGCUGAACAGGAAACAAUCUUUGUAGAUUGAAUUGAAGUGAACAACAAAGGGAGUUCCUGUCUAGGAAUCACUGUAGCAGAAAAGAACUCAGCUCUCAUAAGCCCUAAGUAGUAAAUUUUUUACUAAGAAUUUUAUUUUUCAUUAGUGCUUUAUACUGUUUUUCAUUAUAUAUAAAUUGAUUUCUGUGAAUGUUUGCUAGGAGUUGCAAAUUUUUGAUGUCAUGAAAUGUUGCAAAGAGGUUCAUUUGCAAAUUUAUGUGAUUGUGCUUCUGCAAAGUUGAAGUCCAGCUGAGCACCAUCUAAUGAUCUUAAAUUUAAUAGGGAGAUUCUAAUGGUGAAGCCAACAGGAAAAGGAUGGUGGUUUUAGAUUUGUCGGGUGAAGAUAAAUAUGUAGAUACUAUCAAUUUAGCAUCACCCUAUUCCGCCAAGUAGUUGUCAUCCCAAAAGUAGUCAGCAAAAACAGGAACAGUAAAUAGCAAACAGUCCUCUCCAACUAAGAAAAUCAGCUUUCUGAAACUGGCCUCUUGCAGCCAAGAAGUCUCUUACAGUAGGAAGUGCUGCUCCUAAUCUAGGAAGCAAAGUAGUAAACUAGAAGAAGGCAGGGAAAGCAAUGGUUUCCAAGCAAAGCAAUAUCUCAUCAUUCUUCAAGACAGUUAGUUUGGGCAGAAUGAAGUUCCUACCAUGUCAAAACUAGAGGUUGCAGCCUAAUUCACACCCACCACCAACAGAACCAGUUUGAGGAAAUGGCUUGUUUGGUACAAUGCAUGAUUCCUGAGGAGAAAAAAAUUCUUUCACAGAAUUCCUCUUUUGAAGAUCUUCAAAGCUGAGGAAUAUAAUGCAUCAACUGAGUACUACUGGGAGCCCAUCAUACUAGAGUCUAAUUCAAACCAUGCAACAAAUCACUGUUCGGAGACAGCUGGUGAACCUUGAUGCCAUAGCCAAAUUAUGGCAAGAACUAGGAAGGAGUUAAUGUGAGGUUUGAGAGCCAUAUCAGUCUAAGAUUGAUGCUACCAUAUUGUCCUUUCUUCCUUCCUGGGUUUCGGGUUUUUUGUUUUCAGCUAUGGAACCCCAGGGCUUGUUCAAGAAUACAUUGUGACAACUGCUUUUGGAUUGGCACUGGAAACUUGGCAAAUUGGUUAAAAUCCAACAUCAAUCCUCCAAUUCAAAGGGUCUUCUUCUUGACCAUGUCCCCAACACAUCUGUGGAGCUGGGAAUGGAAGCCAGACGGUCAUGAGAACUGUUUUGAUGAGACAUAUCCAAUUCAAGAAGCAUCAUACUGGGGAGCUGGAUUUGGUCUGGCCAUUAUGAAAUAGUUCAUGGUAUUUUACAGUAACUAAAGAUCAAUGUUCCGGAUUAGAAUAUAAAAUGGAUCUUUGAGUACAUUGCUGAAUAUAGAACCAUUGGGGAGGAAGGACACAGGAUUAGAGAUCGAGGAAUGAAUGUGCAACCUAUGGUAUCAUGGCAACCUCCUCUGGAGAUACCAUUAAGAUCAAUACCGAUACAGCAAUACCACAGGGGCAAGGCAAAGCCAGGUUUGGAGUUGUCCUUAGGAAGUAGGAACUGUGACAGCAAAGUUAUAGGAGCUGUGCAAAAGAACUCGUGGGUUUCAAGGAUCAGUUCUUCAAGAUGAGGUUAUGGCUCUUGAUUUCGCAUUGUGUAUGGGCAGAGUAUUUGGACACAGAAAUGUCAUCAUUGAAUCAGAUUGUCUUAAAGCCGUACGAGUAGCUGUGCCCAACGAUGAUUGUUAUCUUCCUUUUGGAGCAAUAGCGGAGGAAAUUCGAGCUAAGAAAUUCCAUUUUCUUUGUGUGUUUCCAGCAUGUAAAGCGUGAGUGUAACUUGCUAGCCCAUGGGUAGGCUUUAGCUACAUUCCCUUCACCUUGGGACGGUGUUGGCUAAUAAGGAAUGUAGAAUCAAGAUAUUUGAUACAAGGUUAAACCCCCAUUUUGGUCCCUCAACUCAAUAAAUCCUUGAUUUGAUC